GUCGGCAACAUCUGCGGGAAUCCGCGGUGGGCCGACGUGCAACUGAAUUACACGCUUUGUAACCAUAAAGCCUGCUACCCCGCCGCUUCCAGAUGUAUACUGCGAACUUCAGUAAGAAUCUAGUAAAAGAUGAUAUCAAAGUCACUGAUCGCUAUCCUGGGCCUGUUGACUCCAGCUCAAGCCGAGACAGUACUCGGCGUUGCUGUGUUCUCCCGACAUGGCGACCGAACCUCAAAGCACUACAAAGGCUACAAUCUGACCAAUCUGGGCCUUCAGCAAAACUAUGAUGUGGGACAAGACUACCGCAACAUCUACCUGAACUCUUCUUCUCCUAAGCGGAUCCUCGGUAUCUCUGAAGACAAGGUCGUCAACUCGCAGAUCUACGCUUCGGCGCCAGACCAAGCAGUGCUGCUCAACACAGCUACGGCUUUUUUACAGGGCCUGUAUCCACCCUUAGAGAGCAUCGACCAAGAGCUGGCCGCUCAGACUCUGAACAACAAUGAGCGCGUCAUCAAACCCUUAAGUGGCUAUCAGUACCUCGUAGUUCAUGGAGAGAACGACGACUCACCUGACACAAUAUGGCUCAAAGGCGACGAGGAAUGUCCAGCUGUCACGACAUCGAUGAAGCAACAUAAGGAGAGCGCAGCCUUCAAGCAGCGCAUCGAUGAGACGAAACCAUUCUACCAGUCUUUCUGGGACCAGCUCGACGACGUGUACGAUUACCAGCAAUCCAAUCUCAGUUUCGCAAACGCAUACGAUAUUUUCGAUCUGCUGAACGUGGCAUUGAUCCACAACGCCUCGCACAACGGCACAGUCUCAGCCGAAGAGCUGACUCAACUUCGCACACUCGCCGACGAGUGGGAGUUCGGCAUGGCUUACGAUGCUGACGACUCUGCGCGAUCCAUCGGCGGUCAGACCUUUGCAGGCGGCGUGCUAGAGCAGCUGGACCAGAUUGUGUCAGCUCAAGGCAAGCUCAAGUUUUCGCUGUUGACGGGCAGCUAUGAUACAUUCUUGGCGUUCUUCGGGCUUAGCAGCUUGACUGCUGUCACGGACCAGUUCUAUGGUCUGCCAGACUAUGCUUCAACGAUGGCUUUUGAACUCUUCACGUUGGAUACUGUCACUACAUUCCCGUCAAGUGCAGAGGAUCUACGUAUCCGAUUCUUUUUCCGCAAUGGAUCUACCGAGGGAGAAGCGCCGAGAGUUUUCCCAUUGUUUGGCGGCCAAGAUGAGUCACUCUCGUACAGCGACUUUGUUUCUAAACUAAAGGAGUUCGCGAUAACAUCACCGGAGCAGUGGUGUGGCAUCUGCCAGAGCAGAGCGCUGUUCUGCCAGGCAUAUGGUGCUCUUAACGCCGAGUCGCAAGCAGAGAGCAAGAGCUCCGGUAUGUCGAACGCUGUCGCUGGUGUCAUUGGAGCGAUGGCCACACUGGGUUUCGUUGGUAUUGUUGGGUUGUUUGCAUUCUAUGCUAUGAGACGUCACCGUUUAGCCAACGUUGUUCCAUCGACUCGCGAGGAGAAAGGUAGUGUUUCUAGUCAGGGUUCGAGUGUGUAAGGCCUUGACAUCGACGACCUUGCUAGCUUACCGGUACACUGGUAAACAGCUUAUGGUAUACGAGGUGCGCAGGCUAAGUGAAUAC